AAAUCGAAAUGAUGCGUGUCGCGUGACUAGAUCACCCUUAAAUAUCGCUGCAAAGAAUAGAAUUGCGUUCUUCUGCUGGAUACAUAUGCCGUAAAGAGCGAUGGAGUUGACCUACAAGUAUAUCGUUAUUUUACUCUGUGUUCUUGACGUUACUCUGGGAAUUCAAACGUAUGACAUCAAGCGCCGAGAUGUGCAAGCCACAUCACAGUCUCAGUGUUCGGUAACAUCCACCCUGCUGGACAUCCUGAAGAACGAACUGAACGAUCUGAAAAAGGACAAUAAGAAGUCGCUGAGACGCCUAGAAGACAGAUACGAUGAUCUGGUGGAUAAAUAUUCUAAACUGCUACAGACAACAACAAAUUUACAAGUGAAAUUCGCAAACUUCACUUCAGAAAAGCCAGGUGGUAAGUUGCAUUUUUAA